AUGUGUUUUGAAUUCCCUGAUGAGGAUAUCAUGUUGAUAAGGGGUUGCAACAUUCCUGGCCAAAAGGAAGAACCAGAACCUAGCUCAUGUUGGACACUUGUGUUCGAUGGCGCUUAUAACACCCAAGGCAAUGGAAUGGGGGCCGUCAUCACAUCCCUAACUGGUUUUCACCUACCCUUUACUGCGAGGUUGUGCUUUUGUUGUACCAAUAAUAUGGAGGAAUACGAGGCUUGUAUCUUAUGCAUUGAAGCUUCUAUUGAUCUUAGGAUCAAAAUCCUUGAAGUUUAUAGAGAUUCAGCCUUGGUCAUUAUCCAAGUCAAAGGAUAUUGGGAAGCUUGUGAUCACAAAAUGAUCCCCUACAAAGAGCAUGUCUUAAAUCUAAUACCAUACCUCGACAAGAUUACCUUUCAUCACAUCCCUCGAGAGAAUAAUCAGUUGGCCGAUGACUUAGCACCUUUAUCAUCCAUGUUUAAGGUCAAGUGGAGAAAUGAAGCACCAUUUAUUCAUAUUGACUACUUGGACGAACCAGGUUACUGUUUGGCAGCCGAAGAUGAGUCUGAUGGCCAUCGUUGGUUUUAUGACAUCAUGAGAUACUUGGAGAGUCAAGAAUAUCCUGAAAAUGCAUCUAUCAUGGAUAAAAAGUAUCUUCGCAAACUCUCAUCCAAGUUCUUCUUGAGUAGAGGGGUAUUAUACAAAAGAAUUUAUGAUUCCAUUUUGCUUAGAUGCAUAGACAAACAAGAAGAAAACCAGAUUAUAAUGGAAAUCCAUGAAGUCUCCUUUGGGACACAUGCCAAUGGACACACAAUGGUCAAUAAAAUCUUGAGGGAUGGUUAUUACUGGAUGACAAUGGGGUUGACUGCUACCGCCACGUCCAAACAUGCCAUAAAUGUCAAAUCUAUGCUGACAAGAUCCAUGUACUACCAGUACCACUCAAUGUCUAAACUUCACUUUGGCCUUUUGCCAUGUGAGGAAUUGACGUGA